AUGUCAAACACCAAAAAACGUGCGGCGGACGCCAACCCCCCGGCCAAGAAGGCGAAGAAGAGAAAGGGAAAUUUUGAGAAUAAUGAGUCGUUAGAUGCUGAGUUGGGAAUCAAUACUCUCUUCUCGCGCAUGGAUAGCCAGCUCCUGGCGGAUCACAUCGCUCAGAAAACGACCCGGUUCGGGACAGAAUUGAGUCCCGUUGAACUCUCGGACAUCUCAAUCUCAGGUACUUUCAAGAAAGAUCUCAUUGCUGGAACAUUGCUGACAAAGUCUCCAGCUGGAUCCAUUACAGAUACCAGUUCAUGGCAGGAGCAGCGGAUUCUGACCAACCUUCCAGACUUUCUGGAGCAAUUUUCAGAGGACAAGGAAGGUCUAAGUCGCUCGUCGAAAAAGCCCGGAUCGCCUCACACUCUCAUUGUUGCAGGAGCUGGUCUGAGGGCUGCUGACAUUGUGCGAGGACCCAACCUGCCGGAUAAGUUCGUUACUGACAAGAAGGAAAGUGCUGUGCGUAAGUUCCAAACCAAGAACUGUGCAGUCGCCAAACUGUUUGCGAAGCACAUGAAGAUCGAGGAGCAGAUUACCUACCUCAAGAGCAAGAAGACGGGAAUCGCUGUUGGCACGCCGGCGAGGCUGGCGGAUUUGAUUGACAAUGGUGCGCUCUCAUUGGAGAAUUUGGAACGUCUGGUCGUUGAUGCAUCGCAUAUUGACCAAAAGAAGAGAGGCGUUAUGGACAUGAAGGACACUAUGAUGCCGCUUGCUCGCUUCUUAGCGAGGAAGGAGUUCAAGGAGAAGUACGCAGCCGAGGAGAAGCCACUUGCUUUACUAUUUUAUUAG